GGCGAGGCGAGGUGCUCACUUCGGCGCUCCUAUAUUAGGGUUUCGACCAUUAGGGUUCUCGACGUGGUCGCCGGCUGCUAGGGUUUCUUCUUCUCUGAUCCAGAGGGGAAUCAGUCCGGAAUACUCAAAGAGGGCCCAUAGUGAUGGCCCCGUCUCAGCCGAACACCGGCCUCUUUGUUGGGAUCAACAAAGGGCACAUCGUCACCAAGCGGGAGUUGCCUCUGCGCCCUUCCAGCAGAAAAGGAAAAACCAGCAAGAGGGUGCAUUUUGUCAGAAACUUGAUUAGGGAAGUUGCUGGAUUUGCUCCCUACGAGAAGCGGAUCACUGAGCUCCUGAAAGUUGGAAAGGACAAGCGUGCACUCAAAGUGGCAAAGAGAAAGCUUGGAACUCACAAGAGAGCCAAGAAGAAGCGUGAGGAGAUGGCUAAUGUUCUCAGGAAGAUGAGAUCCGCCGGAGUGGCUGAGAAGAAGAAAUGAAAUGGAGCAGAUGAUGCACGGUCUAAAUAUUUUAGUUCCAAACUGGUGACGAGUCUCUCAUCCUUUAUGCUGUUAGGAAAGCUAGAACUGUUAAGAUGCAAGUUUUUCUAAUCUUUGGUUUUGCAAUAAACUCCCUUUCAUUCUGAUAGCGUUAUCAUCAGCAUUCGGAUA